UUCCCACUGCAUGGCUUUCUCUGGAAAGACACAAGAGCUUAGUGGAAAGGCGCGGUUGAGCAGAGGUUGCAGCACUGUGGUGACAAUUCUGGAUUAUUUGAGAGUUUUGCUGGCUUUUGGAUGUCCAUUUGCCUUGGAUGAUUUAUUUUUGAAUUUUUGCUUCUAACACCUGCAAGCUGGACUAUGGUCAACCCUUAUCUGAAUUAUUCUUUAAGAGCCUGUUUGACUUCCUCUGCUGCUGCGGGAUAACAUCUUGGUCGUCAUGGGCCGAACGCCACACAAAGAUCAGAAAGAGGAGAAGAAGGAGAGGCCGAGCAUCGGCGCGGGCUCUGCGCUCGAUAAAUCGAAUGAGCCAUUCAGUUGGGAAGACUACCUAAGAGAGACCUCCUCCAUUGCAGCCUCACCUAACUGCUUCAAACAGUCCAGGAUCCCCCCCUCCAAUGACUUUAAGGCCGGUAUGAAGCUUGAGGCUCGUGACCCGCGCAAUUCCAACUCGGUGUGCAUCGCCACGGUAAUGGGCAUGAUGGGUACGCGACUACGCCUGCGUCUGGAUGGCAGCGACAACACCAACGACUUCUGGAGACUGGUGGACUCAUCUGACAUCCAACCCAUAGGCACCUGUGAGAGGAACGGGGACAUGCUGCAGCCCCCGCUGGGAUUUCGAAUGAACGCCUCCUCGUGGCCUAUGUUUCUCCUCCGAACGCUGAGUGGAGCAGAGAUGGCACCAGGCUCUGCUUUUAAGAAGGAACCUGUUAGCUCCGUUCAAAAUUACUUCAAGCCUGGUAUGAAGCUGGAAGCCGUGGACAGGAAGAACCCUUACCUAAUUUGUCCGGCCACCGUGGGUGAGGUCAAAGGUCAAGAGAUCUUCGUCAUGUUUGACGGCUGGCGAGGUGCCUUUGACUACUGGUGCCCCUUCGACUCCAGAGACAUCUUCCCUGUCGGCUGGUGUGAGCUGACCAAACACAGUUUACAGCCGCCUGGAAACUUUUUCACCCUUCCAGGUGCUCUUCUCGCCCCCGUUUCGUCUUCCUCAACCUCCCUCACAACACGCCGCUCCACUUCCAACUCCUCGUCCAUGAUGCAGACUUCAUAUCGACUGCCCAACCCUUUGCCGCCCCUGCCCGUUCGCAAGGGUGUCCGAGGUCGCCGUCCCAAGUCGCAGACUAUUGCUUUGUUGAAAGCAGCGGCUGAGGCGGCAGCAGCUGCGGCGGUCAAUGGGGCGUCACAGAACCCUGUCAGGUCCACUCAGUUGGCCCCCAGACCACACAGGAAGAGAGGGCCCAAGCCUGGGAGCAAGAGGAAGCCUCGGAUGGUACAGUCACUGGGCUCAUCAUCGAUUCCAGUGUCUCCUCCAGAAACUCGAUUGAGCACUAGCCAUGUUUCAGUAGACAACCACCAUAACAACAACUCAAAUGUAGUCUGCACGGUGUGCGUUUAUGUGAACAAACAUGGCGACUACGGCCCCCAUCUUGACCGUAAACUGGUGCAGCAGCUCCCAGACCACUUUGGGCCAGCUCCAGUCAACGCAGUGCUACAGCAGGCCGUCCAGGCCUGUGUGGACUGUACGUACCAGCCCUCUGUGCUGCUGUCGUUUCUACAGAGCCAAUCCCACACAGGAGGAGAGGUCAUUCGAGUGCGCUCCGAGCAUGGUAUCCGCUAUGUCAAGCUUCCCUCCGUCUCCAGUGCGUCUACUGUGCUAAGGUUCUUGGAGAACAUGUGUCAGCAUCUGGAGAGUGUCAGCCUGUUCAGCUCACAGCCUUUCAGCCCCUUCAAUAAAAACACACGCUUCUUUGACAGGACAAAGUCAGAACCACUGCCUCACACGGAAAACAACGCGUCGAACAACGAUUCUGCAAAAGAUUCCGUUCCCAACGCACGAGCCCCUCAGAUAGCGGCAGACUAUCGGGCGACAAAGAGGGAACGGCCUUAUUACGCCAAUCACUCACACACGCCUCCACCUCUACGAAGAGUCAGCUCCAACCCAAGUGAACUCGGACAAGUGCCCACACAUAGACGCGUGGAAGCAGCUAGUUCAACAACAGGCCCAGACCACGCCACACAAGACAAGGAAAGUUCAGGGAACAAUGCAUCUUCUUGGUCAGUUGAUGACGUGAUCCGAUUUGUCCAGGAGGCUGACCCCCACACUCUUGGUCCACAUGUGGAGCUUUUUAGAAAGCACGAGAUUGACGGCAAGGCCUUGAUGCUGCUGCGCAGUGACGUCAUUAUGAAGUACAUGGGACUGAAACUGGGCCCUGCGCUCAAACUCUGUCAUCACAUUGAGAAGCUGAAACAGACCAAACAGUAAACGGACCGUUGUAGUCUUCCUCAUUAGCAAACACAAACUCAAGUAUGUGUUGUUGUACAGGGACGCAGCACUGACGGAAACUACCAUAACGCCCAGUUUUGUGCUGUUUUAAGUAUUGUACAUACUCUAUGUACAUUUGGGAAGUUUUAGCAAGCCUGCAGGCUAUUGUCCAUCACCAAUUUACACAAUCUGGAUUUGCUUUCUCAGACUUUCAAAAUGUUUAGGACAAAAACAAAAGGGGCACGGCUGUCCAAACUAUAGCUGGUGCCAUCUGCCGUCCAUUUUAUGAGGCCUGCAGCAGGUACGAAACACAAGAAAAAGGGUGAAGGGGCAACAAGAAAAAUGGGUGGUUGAGACAAAUCACUACCAUCACUACAGGAUUUGAAAAAUGCUAGUCGAUAAGACCAGUUCAGCCUGAGUACAAUGUAGCAAGAAGUUAGAAAAUUGGAUGAAGCAUUUUAGACAAAUUGAUCUGUGUAGGGAAAUUGGCCUUCUUAGGGACCACUAUGCAUCAUUUACCCUAAAAAGCUUGACUGAAAUUGCGCAAAUUCAACAAUUUUCACGUGAAAAGCAGUGUCGACAGUAGAAUGAGUCUUGAACUAAUCUGCGUUUUUUUUGUCCUGCAAUGAUCAGAGGAAAAAGUUUGGACAGCCCUGCACCGUUUUAAAAUUUGGGACUUUGUAUUUGGGACUGACAAAAAGAGAUUUAAUUAGAAUAAAUGAAUCUUCUGAAAAUUAACUUCUCGAUCCAUAACUGGUUUCAGAGGAGGACCUUCGCUCAUGACCUCAGCAUUGUUUGUUCUCAUAUGAUCUAUUUUUUUAUUUUACCAAGCAUUUACAUUAAAGCAGUACAGCGGUAAUUUUUUUUUUUCGAUCUUUAGCCUACGUAUAAUUAGUAUCCAAUAUCCGUGCAGAGUUUUUGUAUUUGUCUUUUUUUGCCUUAGUAUGUACAACAGGCCAUUAUUUAAGCACGCGACCUCAGACAAACACUGUAGCUUUUGCGUUUUCAAUUUUCUUUUUACACUGACAGCAAACACACCGCCGUGAUGUCUGCUUACCAAUGCAAUAACAUUUGCGACUGAUCACUCCUUAGAAUUUAAUAAGUCAUAAAACAAAGGUACUGGAGUACUGACCAACAUGGCAAAAUAUUGAACCCAACAUUUUUUUGUCGAAGCUCUUGCCCUCCUGCUGUAUUUGCCGGGAAAAAAAGCGUUGUCUCUGUUCCAUGAGCUCAACGGGUUUAUCUUGGCUUUGACCUUCAUUGUAUUAUCUUUUAACAGUUGCACACACUUAGACGUGAUGACUGGAACCUUGCAAGUGUUGACGUUAAAAUAACGGCAAGGUGUUCUACUGCUAUUGCUGUACAAAAAGUGUUCCCAAGACAGAAGGAGCUUUGUUCAGUUUCUUACUCAUUUUAUUGUGUAAUAAAGUGUAUCAAGCCUUUGAA